AUGGCGACCGCGGUCUCGAAGCCGAGCCCCCAUCCUCCGAAGAUGAAGCGGCCGCCCCCGCCUUUCCCCCAGACCGGGGUGAACAGUGUCAAGGCUCAGCAACCCACGUCUUCGUCUCCCACAACAACACAACAUUCUCUCGGACAAAGCUCUCCUGUCACCUCACAGCAAAUACUGGCCAUCGGUGGUGCUGAUACCACAAAUCAUCCCAACGGCGUCUCAAAUCGGCUCAACCCCCAAACACAACGCGCCGACGAUCCCGCUUCACGAAAGACCCGCGCCGUGAUGCGAAACUCAUCUGCGGCUGAUCACAACCGGGCUGCAAGUUCGGGGGGCGAGCCUUACGUGAAAACCACGUCCUACAUCCUCAAGAAAUACGCGAAGAACCCUCCCUCUCUCAUCCUACAUCUUCACCCGACCCAUUUCCGUUUUGAACAGCAGGAUGGAAGUUUCCCCUACAACUCGGAAAUGAAGGUCAUCCUUGAGCACAUCCGCGCCGGAACCAUUCCGCAUGAGAUUAUUGAGGAAUUGUUACGCGGCGGAGUGCGAUUUUACGAAGGAUGCCUCAUCGUGCGCGUGGUAGAUCACAAGUCUGUAUCCGCGCAGGCGCAGAAGACAUCCGUCUCAACAACAAAUGAAAACAACUCGCCAUAUUCCCUUCACAACUACAACGAACACAUCACACCCUCGGCUUUUGCACCAUAUCCGAAACAGACCCAGCUUACUACUGACGCUCAAUCAUCGAAGCCAUCUCAAGAACCAGCUCCUACCUCCAACCAGCCCGAGAACCAACCCAGCGUAAAUGGAGUUGGCACGCAGAAGCAAGCAUCACCAACCGAGGAAAAAACCACUUCGACGAAGCCCCGGGUCUUCACUACCGUCCUUCACCCCACACCGCGAGUUCUACAGGAAGAACUAACCCUCCUUGUGACCACACCCGAUCCUAAAGCGGUAUCGCUUGGUCAGACCCCCCAGGCUUCCUCGUCCUCAGUGGUUCCUCAAUCACCAACAGUCACCCAGCCGGAGCGCGGCAAUCCUCAGAAGCGUCAGAAGACUAUUGUGGAGCCGCAAGACCUUGUUGAGUGCGAGUCAUUGCUCUUGAAUAGCCUCGCCCCUCCGCUUUAUCUGGAGACUGUGAACAGCUUCGAAGAAUCACAAGCUCUGCUUCACUUUUUGCGAAGCCCACUUCACAAUGACCCACCGCCUUCGCCCAAACGCCGUAAGAGGACUGUGGCCGAGCUGGCGGCCGAUGAGGCACUUGCUGCCGAGGAGGAGCGGUUCAUGCUUAUUAUGGAUGAGCGUUUGCAACCGAAUUCUUCCGGCACUUCCGGUGCUUCUAAGGCUACCGCUGUGGACGAAACCGCUGGCGUGGCGCCAUUUGAGCCUCGCUUCUCUCGAUUCAAGACUCUAGAGACAAUUCGUAUGCAACACGAGGAGAAGGCCAAGCGAGAACAUGAGCUGAAGCUGAAGCAAGAGCUUGCGAAGCGACAACAGCAGGAGCAGGAGAAGGAGCGGCGUCGCGUGUUGGAAAUGCAACAGGCAGAGCUACAUGCCAAAGACGAAGCUCGCAGACAGCAGCUUGCAGCCCAACAGGCCCAGGCCCAGCUUGCGGCUCAAAACCGUCAUGUCAUGGCUCAGCCGAACGGCGUGACUCAAGCGCAGCAAUCUUCACCAGUGGUGCGCCAGCAGACGCCACAUAGCAUUUCAUCGCCGCUUGUCGGUAAUGCUAUGGCAGCCCAGGCAGCUCCGAUGAGUAUCAGUGCAUCUCAGCAGUCAGGAAGUCCUCCACGACCUCCAUCAUCUAUGCAGCAUACACAUCCGAACAUGAUGAGCCAUCCGAUGGCUCCUUCAAGAAGUCAGCAAGGGCCAAGCAGACACUCAACUCCACAGAUGGCGCAAACUACACCGGCCAUGUCACAGGCAACGCCUAUCAUGCGGAAUGUGACUCCUACACAGCGAUUGAGUCAAGGCAGCCCAACAAGCACCAUGGCCCAGGCUCCGAUGAUGAACCAUGCCAUGUCUCGAAACGCGCAUAUGAACGGUGCCCCCAUGGGGCUGACGCCUCAGCAGCAGCAGUUGCUCUUUCAGCAGAGGCAGCUUCUUGCACAGCAGGGAGCUCAACUUGGUGGCAUGACCCAGCUCACGCCUCAGCAGCUCGCUCAAUUGCAAGCCAACGCACAUGCGAAUCAAAACAUCAAAUCGCACCAACAGCAGCAAAUGCUCCAGGCACAGCAGGCCCAGCAGGCACAAAACCAGCAACAACAGCAACAAUCUCAACAACAGCCGAAUAUGCAAAAUGUACCCCAGCACAAUCAUCAAGCUUAUCAGGCACAACUCAGACGGGCGCAGCUCGCGCAAAUGCAGAUGGUGAAGCAGACAGGCGGUCAGAUGCAACAGGGCCAGGCAAGUCAACAGCAGCAACAGUCGCAGCAACAGCAGCAACAGCAACAGCAGCCGCAGUCGCAGCAACAACAGCAAGCCCAUCAAGGCAGCCCUCAAAUGACACCGCAGCAACAGCAACAAAUGCUCAUGGCUGCGGCUCAAGCGAACGGUGGCCAAGUUUCGAAUGCGCAAAACCCCACUAUGCUGCGAUACACUCGGCUCUUUCAGAACCGACUUUUAAACUUGCGACAGGAGAUGAGCCAACGUUGCAUGGCACAAUAUGGCCCGCCAAACCAGUACCCUCCACAUGUCGCUGAGCAAUACACAGUUGGUUUGGAGAAGACUGCGAGGGCAUGGACUUCGGACGUGAUGCGACGCGACAGAGAAACCUAUGCACAGCAGCGAGCACAAGCUGCUGCGAUGCAUGCUCAGCAGAUGCAGCAAAACAUGAUGCACAACGGGAUGGGCAACUGA